GCGCAGUUGUGCGGAAUAGAGCAAACAAAGCCUCUGCUACAGUGUUGGCGACAAGAACAGGGAAUGUUAAGGCUGCUAGACAUUACCUCUUAGCAGUCAAGCAAUGAAUCAUAGAAAUGAAUCAGAAUCCAUCAAUCAAUCAUCUCCACGUACUAGUAGACUACUUCACAAGGAAUGUAUCGCAUGUGGAUCCCUCACAAGCAUGUAUUGCACAAAAGGACAGAACAAUGCUCGAGGAAAGAUACAGAUACUACGGUGUACAGGAAAUAAUCUUAAAGUUUACGAAGAAUCUAAGCAGGAUCCGAAGUCCGAGACAGACGCCUCCCAAGUAGACAGGAUAAUACGAGGAACGACUAGAAGGGAAUUUUUGGGCGAAGAUGGCGGUGUCUUGCUCAACACAGGAAUACAGUCAACCGAUACCCUAGCUCAGCCACAAGCUA